UACAAACAACAUGAGGACUUUCAAUAAACCAAAGGCAGGUUCCCCUCGGCUGUCGCAGUCCCCUCUCCAAGCUUUCCUUUGGAUCCUGUGCUCAUGCCUACAACCACCACCACCACCUCCCAAAACCCCAGGUGCGGCGGCUUCUUCAGUCUGAGAGGCUGCCCCGGCGAGCCCCGGGUGCGGCGAUCGCUGCCGGCCGGCCAUGGGCAGCCGGGCUGCGGGAGGAUCGACCGGGUGGCCACAUGGGUGGGGAACGGCGUCGCCGCCGCGUUCUUCGCGUCGUUGGAGCGGUGCUCCUGCAUCAACAUCGACACGGAUGACGACCGCAACGAGGCCAAGGACGUGCCGCUGAUCUACAACGAUGGGAACGCCCGCCGGGAGGCCGGCGGGCUUGGAAGAGGCCAGAGGCGCAGGAAGGGGAAGGGGAAGAAGAGUGGAGGUGGGUGUUUUAAUGACUUCAUGUAUGAUGAUAAGUAGAAGCUUUGCUUAAACCCAGGGGAAACUAUUUGUGUGAUAUGCUGUAUCCUAUCUAUUAUUCCUCAAUGGAUUUUGUGGAUGUUUGUAUGCUUCUAUGAAUUAUUUUUCUUUUCAUGAA